UUACAAAUUAUAAUAUUUACAAUCUAUGUUUACAAUAACAACAACGCGUGCAAUUUAAAAAAUUGUUUUUGUGGAUACUGGAUUACAUCCGACCAUUAUAAUGAAAUACCAUAACUAAUUGAAUUCCUGAAUACAUUUAUGGUGUUGUCUGUUUUCGUAAUUAAAAGUAUCUGUACAUUUUAUGUUCAUAAUUGAGUGUGAUACAUCUCAAGCUGAAUCGUUGAAUAUAAUUUGGUAAAUAUAUGCAACUGGUUUUUAAUACCUAAAAGAAUCUAUCAUGGAUUGGAUGUACGAUGGUACACGAGUACAAAAAGACGACUAUCUUUUGGGGAAAAAAAUUGAUAGAAAAUAUGGUGAAAGCACAGAUAACGAUUCAAUUUUGCCACCACAAAUAUGCUCAACAGAUAAAUUUUCUCAAGUAGACUUGACAAAAAAAAUUUCAGAAGAUCCAUUGGUUAAUAUAAAAAAACGGGAAAUUGAAUGCACACAAAAAAUUCUUCAAAAUCCAAUGCGCUUGAAAAAACAACAAAAUAUCGAAAAAGAGAAACAUACUAUUGAUGAUCAUCAGUUAGACAUGAUACUAGUUAGCCGUUUGAAAUCAUAUGAAAAAGCUGGAUUAGAUCUUGGCAAGAUACUGUCGAUUACUAAACAUAAAGAUAAAAAAGAACAUAAAAAAAAAAGCAAGACAGAUAAGUCCAGUUCUGAAGAAGAUGAAAAAUCGACAAACAAGAAAAAAAAACAUUUACGAAAGUCUGGCAAUUUUGAACGAGACAACAAAAAACAAAAUGAUAAGAAAUCUCUUAAAUAUGGAGAAGACAAGCAUAAAGACAACAAAAAUAAGAGGGAUAGACAGAGGUCAAUUUCAUCUGCAGAUGAUAAAGAUUCUCCUAAGAGAAAUAAAUCAACGAAGGAAUAUAAACAUCAUAAAAAUGAUAAUCAUCAUAGAAAACAUAGAUCAGUUAGUACUGAUGAUAGCGAUGGCAAUCUGCAAGAUUAUAAAAAAAAAAGAAAUGAACGCAACAGAUCCAUCUCGGAAGAAAAAUAUGAACAAAAUGAUAAAACUUUAAAAAAUAAAUAUAGAAAUAAUCAUCAUGCUGAAGUAGAUCAUAGCAAAAAAUACAGUGACAAUAUUAGAAAAGAUGAACAAUAUAAACAACAUGAAUCUAAAAAUAGAGAAAAACGACAUGAUAAUAAAAGAAAACGAUCAUUAAGUUCAGAUAGAGAACUAGAACGUAAAAAACCAAUCAGCGCCCUUGAACCUAGUAAACAUAGGACUAAAAGUAAUGACCACCAUCAUAGACCAAAAAGUACUGACAAAGAACAUGAGUCAAAGGUUACCACCAAAGACUCAAAAAAUAGGCAUGGACAUCGUAAAAAUUUGAAUACCCAAAGUAGUAGAUCAUCAGAGAGUCCCCCAAAAGGAAAUAAAUAUCAAAAAACAAAUGAAAUUAAAAAAGAUAAAAACAGACAGGAGUCCAGUAGUUCGUCAAGUUCAGAUGAUGAAAAAAAGAAUAAUAAUGCAGCGAAGAAGACUUCCAAACAUCGACAUGGUCCAGAAUUUGAAUCAGAUAGUGAAAAAGAUGAACACAGAGGAAACAAGAACUAUGGAUUAAUAGUUCCUAAAGGUAAAAUUGUAAAAAGAUCAUCUAUUAGUCCGGCAUCUAUAAAAGAAAAAAAAAAUUCAAGUAUUGUUCGAGCCAAAACACCCCCUGCCAAGAAAAAGAAAUUGACAGAAAAAGAAAUGGAAAAAAUGAGAAUAGAAAUGAUGGAAAAUGCUAAAAUUAGAGAUAAAGAACGUUCUUCUAAUGUGAAACGUUAUAGAAAGGAAGAUAAAAAAGAGGAAGAAAAACAGAAACCAUAUAAUAAAGAGUUUUUAAUUAAACAAUUUGCACACGCAGCUUCACAAGUCAGUGUUGAAAGAAGUAUCAAGUCAAAUGUCAAUAAACUACAAAAAAAUAGUAAUAGUAUUGCUGAUUAAUCUUGUGUAUUUGAAUGUAUAUCAAUCUUGUUUUUUUAAGCUAAUAAUUGAGAUCAUUAUAGCUUUAAUGAUAUUUGAAUUUUGUAUUUAUUUUUAUGGAAUAAUUAAGUUGGUUUGUUUUAAAUUAUUUAGUUCAAUUAUAUACUAUCAUUAUUGUACAUUAAAGUUAAUUUGAUUUAUUUAUUCACAUUCAUCUAAUGUGAAUCAAGAGCUCAUUUAUAUUAUCUAACUCAAAUUGUAAAAAUAAUUUCAGCACUAUUUGUUUUUAUUCUGGCCCAUGUGCAACAAGCAAAUUUGUAUACAAUUGGACCAAUCUUGUGGUGUCAGCUUUAGUAUUAGAUUGAAUUCAUGUAUUAUCAAACCUAAAGCUAAGAACAUUAUCUAUGUUAGCACUUUGAAUUUGUUGAUAUUAAUAUUUUUUCCAAUUUA